AUGCGGCGCGCUACCAGGGCACGUGAAAAACUCGCCAGGCCGUCCAAUGGCGAGUCGGAGCAUGACGCAGAUGACGAGGAUGUUUCAUCGAACCGCUCAACCGAAUACUCGGACUCGGACGCGAGUGAAGACAGCGACGGCUACUCAGAUAGCCUCGCAACUAAAAGGUUAACCAAAGAAUACAAACAGGCUCAGCAAGAGGCGUUGAAGCAUCAGGGGACGAGCAGAGUAACAGGCCCUUCUGCACCAACAUAUUUUGGCGAUCGCGCGUCGCGACGGACGAGGAACCGGGUUGACUAUAAGGAAAAAUCCAUCAACGAUAUUCCCUUCCGCAUCAUUUCAAAGAAAUCGACAAAAGCGACAUCACGUGCAAAAGCCUCUGUGUCAUCGUCUCGUCUCAACAUCGACGAGUCUUCCAAACGCGUCGCCAAUAACAGUAAAACCAACUUACUUACUACUCCAUUCUUACCCAAGAAAACCGAUAUCGACCGUUGGAUCUCCGAGGGACCUCCAGGUCCAUUACUCCGUCCGACCAAAUUUACUCAAGUCACCGCCAUCGAUCCCGUACGGGGUAGGUCCGAAAUGCGCGGUCAAGACAGUUAUGCCAUGCCGCCCAAUGGCCACUCUAACAACAUUGUUCAAGAAUAUCUCUCACCUGAAGAUGCUCUUUUUGAGCAGAAUUUCCAGUCCUUUAAAGUCCUGGACGAUGACGAGAAACGAUCGGUGAUCCAGCGCGAAGCAGAGGAGUACGGGAUGGAAAAGCCCCAAGGAUACAGCGUAUCCUUCCACUACAAUCCACAUGUUGAAUAUCACCACUUUGGAAGUAGUCAUCCCAUGAAGCCCUGGCGACUGACCCUGACAAAGCAACUGGUUCUUGCGUAUGGUCUGGAGUAUUGCAUGGAGCUGUAUGAGCCUCGACCAGCGACUUUUGACGAGCUGGCCAUCUUCCACGAUCGCGAAUAUUUAUCUUUCCUCAGCAAUGUUACUCCUCAGAAUGCCAAACCGGAUGAUCCAGCCUAUCUAGCUUUUGGAUUUGGCGGCGAUAGUAACGACUGCCCCGUCUUUGAUGGCCUCUGGAAUUAUGUAUCCAUAUACAGUGGCGCUUCGAUGAAUGCCGCUUACAACCUCCUCAACAAACAGUCCGAUGUAGCCAUCAACUGGUCAGGUGGUCUGCACCACGCCAAGAAGAAUCUUGCUUCUGGUUUUUGCUACAUUAACGACAUCGUCUUAGCUAUUCAGCUCCUCCUCACUCAGCAUCAGCGUGUCCUCUACAUCGACAUCGACGUGCACCACGGUGAUGGGGUAGAGGCUGCGUUCGAAUCGACGGAUCGGGUCUUCACUCUUUCGUAUCAUAAGUUCGGUAUCGAUAGAAACGGCUACCCUUUCUUCCCGGGAACCGGCAACAUCAACGAGAUGGGACCGAUAAACCCGGCCAACCCCGGCAAAGGGCACAGUCUCAACAUUCCCAUUGACGAUGGGAUUGACGAUGACCAGUACAAGUGGCUUUUCAAAAUCGUCACUGGAGCGGUAAUCGACAAAUACAACCCAACAGCAAUCGUGCUGCAAUCGGGGGCAGAUUCACUUGGCGGUGACAGAUUAGGUAGAUUCAAUCUGAACAUCAAAGCGCACGGGUUCUGCAUCGAGACAGUCAAAAACUACGGCAGACCUCUUCUACUGAUUGGCGGCGGUGGCUACACUCCACGCAACGUGGCGCGGACCUGGUGCCACGAGACGGCCGUUUGCGUGGGGGCAGAACUUCACAACAACCUCCCUACUCACAUUCCCUACAUACAAGCAUUCCAAGGCGCCGAAAAUGGUGGUGGCAUUCUCUACCCCGACCUUCACAACACGAAGCGGCACGACAAUUUGAACACGGACGGAAAGCUGAAGAAGAUGGUGGAACAGGCCAUGGAGAAUCUGCGGUACAUCGAGGCCGCCCCGAGUGUAGUCGUCAAUACUCGCGGUAUCGACGAAGAGCAGCUCAUGCGUAUCCGGGAAGAGAUUGACCGUGAGAUGGAAGAGGAAGCUCAGGAGAAGGAAGAAUAUCUGAGCGUGGAACACUCGCGGCGGCGCAGGGAAAGGAACACCGGGGGAAGGGGUGAACGGGCGAUGCGAUGAGGCCUGUAUCU